AAGUUGGUUGCCUGAGCUGCGAGCCCUCCUCGCUCCUUCCCCCCCACUGGACCCUACGCUAGUCCAAAGCAGCAGGCGGGCCCCCGCAUAACCACCUACUGGUGUAACCGUCCCGCCCCUGCUUCUGUCAACCUGGAAUCUUCGAGCCAAUCACGGCACCGGCAGUCACCAAUGCACCACCAUCGACGAAAGUCGGGCCAUGCCUCGGGCAACUCGUCCCUAACGGACGUGCGCAAGGCUGUUGGUUCAACGGAUCCGUCGGCAAAGAAGCACUCAUCUCGCCCUGCCGCCAUGACAAGAAGGACCACGCCGCAGAGCGUCCCGAAGCUGGGCAGGAACCCGCGCGAUCGCGAGAAGGAGUGGGAGGAGGAACGCUGGUGGGACGAGGAGAGGGAAAGCUUCCCGCAGUUUUGCAUGAUCUGCGAAAAGCAAUUCGUCCCUUCGGAUGAUCAGUAUUUGUACUGCUCUGAGGAAUGCCGCAUGCAUGACCUGAACGGCGCGAGCAUAUCCACGGCGCCGAGCCGCUACAUCAACGGUCCCUCGGCCCCGCAGUAUCCGUUAUUCUCGGGCCCGCCGGAACACCGAGAUAUCAUCCCGCGCGCUUCGCCUUCGCGUCCGAGCUCGACACACGUCUCCCCGCCAAGCACCCCGGCGACCCAGUCUGCCAUCUCAGCCCUCAAGUCGCUGUCCAUCCGCCCAGCGAGUCCCACCUCGCCUACGGGGACUUACCAUUCGGGUAUCUGGCCGUUUGGCCGGAGCGCCACCGCGACGAGUCCCAGCAACUCGUACUCGAAGCCCGCCAUGAGCAUUUUCUCGUCGACGUACGAUGGCGCCUAUUCUGCCGCCGGCAGCGAUUACUACGGGUCAAGCUCGGACCGGCCACUACCAGCCCGCAGGCCGACCGCGUACGCGAGGCCGAAAAGCAUCGAGCUCGUGACACCCAUGCUGGGACGGUAGUCCGACUGCGCUUGCUCAAGCCCCGCGCUCGGCUGCACCCGUUCACUUGGGGCCCAUGCCGUGGAAGGUGGGGUGCGAAUUGCUGGUAGCCUUUGCCCUGCAUGGGGUCUCGGACUAUCCGCCGACAGCUCCCCAAUUCUUCGUUUACCUUUCCUCCUCUCGCCUUCAUGUGUGUGGGGUGCGCGUGGAGACGAAGGGGGGGAUCUGCCCAGCAGUGCAGGACCCUA